UGUUUACUUCACAUGCUAUAUAGCACACAACUCGCAGGUCGCAAACCAUGAAUAUGAGGCUCCUUUUUUGGCAUUUCUUUGAACUCAGGAAUGAGAAGAAUAUCGCUCUCUCUUUGAUAUGGAUGGAUUUUGAGCCGUGAAACAAGAAACCUAACAAUCUGAACAGUAGGGAAGUGCAAACAAACUAUUCAAAACCCAGAAGCUAGUAUAGAAACUCCUUUUUCUAGUAAACCGAAUUUCACCAUGAAACCUUUUCCCCAUGAAUCAUAAAGCUUGAUUGCCUCCUUCGACGAUUCAAAUAUCCGUAAGCCCUUUACCUUUGAAUGUUUUGGGUUUAGGGUUUUAGACAGAAUGAGUGCAAAGCGUCCCCCUCCUGAUCCUAUUGCAGUUCUGAGGGGCCAUCGCGCUUCAGUUACUGACGUUUGUUUCCAUCCCUUUAAACCCAUUCUCUUUGCUGGUACUGGAGACGGUGAGCUGAGGUUGUGGGACACAAUUCAGCAUAGGACGCUUUCUUCUUCGAGGGCACACAUUGGAGCGGCUGGAAUCAUUACUGUUGCCACCAAUGCUUCACUUGGAGACAAAAUCCUCAGUCAAGGUAGAGAUGGGACAGUAAAAUGUUGGGAUAUCAGUGAUGGAGGCUUAUCAAGGAUUCCCUUGGUUACUUUGAAGACAAAUUCUUACCAUUUUUGCAAGCUUUCAUUAGCGAAGACGCCCACUUGUUCUCCACAAUUGGGGAAGAAUUUAUCUUCUGGAGCAAUUGAUCAAUUGAAUGAACCGGGAGACUAUGACAAGAACUGUGAACCAAAAGAGAAGACAUCAUUGUGUAAGGAAUAUCACGAUGGCAUUAGCAAUGGAAAAGCUCAAGAAGGAACAGAAAACUUCUCAUGCAUUUCAGGUUUGAAUAUUUUGCAAGUUCAAACGGGUGUUCUAUGGGCCCAAUAUCAAUAUACUGAAGUCAUUAGUGACCAGGGUCCAACAUUGAUGGCCCUAGCAGGGGAGCAUCCCUCUCAGGUCGAGAUUUGGGAUAUUAAUAUUGCACAAAAGGUUGCGUUAUUUCCUCAAAUUUAUGAUUCAAGCUCAUCAGAAUUUUCUAAGAAGUCACAAGGAAUGUGUAUGGCUGUUCAGGCAUUUUACCUCAGUCAAGCACAAGGUUAUCUGAAUGUUUUGGCCGGUUAUGAAGAUGGGAGUAUUGCGUUAUGGGAUUUACGGAGCCCAGAGGUCCCAGUAUGUUCGGUGAAGUUUCACUCGGAGCCAGUGUUAAGUCUAGCCCUGGAUGGAGCCUGUACUGGUGGAAUUUCUGGAGCUGCUGACAACAAAAUAAUGCUUUUCUCUCUGGAUCAUCAUAUGGGUACCUGUCUGAAUAGGAAAGAGAUAAGCCUUGGGCAACCUGGCAUUGCAAGCUGCUCAAUUCGAGCCAACAACAAAAUUGCUGCAACUGCUGGUUGGGAUCAUAGGGUGCGGAUCUAUAAUUACCGGAAUGGGAAGGCUCUAGCAAUCUUGAAAUAUCACAGUGCUACGUGUAACGCGGUGUCAUUUUCAACUGAUUGUAAGCUGUUGGCAUCUUCAUCUGAAGACACUACUGUUGCACUAUGGGAAUUGUAUCCUCCUUAGAUUGAGAAUACGGCGCUGCCAGCUUGCCCUAGCAAAAUGCAUAGAAGAGAUGCUCUAUUUUUCUGCAAUCGGGAAAGUAUAUAUAUAUAUUUAUAUACUGUAUAUAUUUAUGUAUUCUCAGGGACCAAUUCUUAGUAGAUGGGAUGCCUCAUUCAAGCCUAUCAAUCUGGGGAGUUACUAAGAAAUGUUCGGUUCCUUUGUUGGAAAGAAAUAUAUAUUUCCACAUUUUCCGCAAUUAGACAUUGUGCUCCUGAAUUUUUCACAAGUUACUGGAAUCUUCAUUUUGUUUCCUUA